ACAGAAUAGUUCCCUUGAAGGUGCACUGAAGGAAACACUUCUUCUUUAUAUUGUGAACCUGCCAAAGGUUUGGACUGGGGAUUUUUAUUUCUAUUGAAAAACAGACCGGCCAGUAUGGGGGGCAAUGAAGGAUUUGCGGGCCGGUUGCCUUCCUCCUGGACCUUUACAGCAACCCGCAUCCCGCGACCUCAAAUCCAGCCUAACCGCUUAUCUCAGCACUGCAAGAAUGCGCUCUGCCUGCCAGCCUUAAGUGACACGAGCUCCUCCGAGAUGAGCCAGGCUCCCUGUAUGAAGCCCCCGGACCGGAUAUCCACAGACUGCUUGCGCUCCCAGGACUCCCUGGACCGCCUGUCCAUCGACGACUUCUGGCAGGAGGUGCAGAAUAUCCAGCAGAGUGGCAGCGACUCAGAGCAGGAGGGCAGUGUGGGCGACACCAAGCAACCCGAGGAGGGAGAGCAGGAGAAAGAGUGGCUCCAGGAUGCUGGCCUAUCCACGCUGAUCAGCGAAGACUCGGAGGACGUGGACAACGUGGGCCUGCUGUCCACUCUCACCCGGACUCAAGCUGCCGCCGUCCAGCGCCGCCUGGACACCUACUCUUGCUCUGUCCGCAAGAAGAACAAGCAGCCUGUCCGAGACGUCAGGGACAUAUUCAGAGCCGACAAUUCCAAGAAUACUCUAAUGGAAUCCAAAGAUUCAGGGCGGGGCAGUCAUACCAGAUGUCCGCUAGACAGCUGCGGGAGAGAGUUCUUCAUCACUGAUGUUGCUUACUCUGAUCAGGCUGCCAUCCUGCAGAAACAGACGAAACUGCAGAGCAGGAACUCCAGGAGAAGGAAGGAUGAUGGCAUUUUACCGAAGCUGAUCCCUGGGCAGUGCAGGCUGGGGGUGACAAGGAUCAGGGACCUAUCUGCCCAGGACAUGAAGAAGGUGGGACAGCUCGCCCUCAUCGACAUGACCGCGCUCUGUGACAUCCUGGAGGUGGAGCUCAAGAGACACAAGCUCGGCAAGAGGAAAAUCCAUGAGAGCUGUCUGUUCGGAGUCCCCUUGGCCACUCUAGUGGAGAAUGACCAGAAGAUCAAGCCCAACACCACCGUCCCUCUUAUCUUGCAGGCGAUGUUCUCCUGCCUGGAAAAGAAAGGCCUGGAUUCAGAGGGGAUUCUCCGUGUCCCCGGGUCCCAGUCCAGAAUCAAGAACCUGCAACAAAAGCUGGAGACCAACUUCUAUCCCGGGCUGUUUAGCUGGGAGGACGUGAAUCCCAACGACGUGGCAGCGUUACUGAAGAAGUUCAUUCGUGAGCUACCGGCCCCCCUGCUCACCCCUGAGCACCUCCACACCUUCAACACAGUGCAGUAUAUUAAAGACUUGCAGCAGAGGCUUCAUGUCCUGAACCUGCUUGUGCUUCUUCUGCCUGAGCCAAACAGAAGCACCCUAAAGGCUCUGCUGGAGUACCUGGAAAAAGUGGUGUCCCGAGAGAACAAGAACCGCAUGAGCCUAUGGAACGUCUCCACGAUCAUGGCACCCAACCUCUUCAUGCACAAGGGCGUGCCCCCCAGCAAGCCUGCCGAGGGGGACGAGAAGGAGCAGGCAGAGCGGACGGCAGACGUCAUGAGGCUCCUCAUCCAAUACCAGGACCUGCUCUGGACGAUCCCUAAUUUCCUGAUGAUCCAGGUGAGGAAGCUGAAUGAAAACAGCAGCCGCAGGUACCAGUUCUACGACAGGAGGAUAAAGAACCUCCUGAGGAAGAUACAAAGCGAAAAGACAGAGAAGAACCCACCAGAGCCAUACAGGACAGUUAAAAUCCAGGCGGCUCCUUUACUAAGCGACUCUAUGGAGAUUCGGUUGGACACUGACUCCAGGGCGGUGGACGUGCUGGCUGAGUUUCACAUGAACCUGCGCAGCAUGGGGAACAGCGUCGUCAAGCGUAAUGGCUCUACAGCGUACCCCGACUACGCCAUUUAUGAAGUUGGUGGUAAUAUUGGUGAGCACUGCUUGGAUCCCAACACUUACCUUUUAGACUUGUACAACAACAACCCCAGUGGCGAAUGGAUUAUUAAGCUACGGCCAGCCUCCGACAAACUGUUCUGAGGUUUUCCAGCUUUCUUGUGUAUAAUCCCGAAAUGCAAGAUCUAACUGCACUGGGUGUUCCACUACAACAAGGAUGCACUGCACCAGCAGUAAUAAUCCAAACGCAGAGACUUCACAACUUGCAAGAAACAUGGCUGAAGCUCAUGGUUGCUGCUUCUUUGUCUGACUCUAGUGAUAUGCAGUGGAAUCCCGUACCUGGUGUUUAUUAGAAUACCUGAAACACCCAUUACCAAGAAGAGUCACCAGUGCGGAGAAGAAGCCCUUGUGCAUUGAAACUGUAGGAAAGCUCCAACCAAGCUCCCGAGGGCAUUCAUAGCUGCUCAUCAAACUGCAAAGCUGCACAUGGUAAUGAGCGCAAUUGAGGAUUGCACUGGCAGGCUCCUCAAGCGAUCAUAAGAAAACUGGCAGAACAAAGAAGCUCUUUUGAAGGGAAUAUACUUAAACUUCGACCGAUGAAGCAAGCCUUCAACACUUUCCUGUUUGUUUUUUGUUUAUUAAAGUGGAUUUUAUUUCUCCUUGUCAGUCAUUGCAAAUGGGAAUUUCCACUGUGAGGGAAAUAGUUUUCUUAGCACAGUAAUAUUUGCUAAUAAUACAUUAGGAAACUAAGUUACCAAGACUGUGAUGAAUACCAUCCACCAGCUAUAGCAUGCAAUAUUACCAAAUAAACCAAACAGUUCUCUCUGGCUGCAGUAAUGUAGAUUUGUGUAUAGUUUUGAUAUAUAAAUAUGGAAAAAAAGAUUCAAUGUACAGCUCAAAGUUUUUUUUUUUUUCUACAUUUUAUGUGACAAAUU